AUGGCCGCCGCAGAGGAAGGGCAAUUCCUCAAGCAGGCCACUGGCCGAAACACUCGAGGCCUGCUUCGAGUUGUUAUUCUGUGCUUGAUUGCAGGUGCAGCUGUGAGCAGCCGUCUGUUCUCCGUGAUCCGCUUCGAGAGCAUCAUUCACGAGUUCGACCCGUGGUUCAACUUCCGAGCAACAAAAUACCUCGUCCAGAACGGCUUCUAUAGCUUCUGGGAUUGGUUCGAUGACCGAACAUGGCAUCCCCUCGGUCGCGUUACUGGUGGUACCCUCUACCCCGGACUGAUGGUCACCAGCGGUGCCAUCUACCACCUCCUGCGCUUCCUCUCCCUACCCAUCGAUAUCCGUAACAUUUGCGUUCUCCUCGCCCCAGCCUUCUCUGGCCUUACUGCACUCGCAACGUACCUCUUGACCGCCGAGAUGGUCACCUCACCCUCCGCCGGUCUGCUCGCCGCAGCGUUCAUGGGUAUCACCCCCGGUUACAUUUCGCGUUCGGUUGCGGGUAGUUACGACAACGAGGCUAUCGCCAUUUUCCUGCUUGUCUUCACGUUCUACCUGUGGAUCAAGGCUGUCAAGAACGGUUCCAUGUUCUGGGGCGCGUUGACCGCGCUAUUCUACGGAUACAUGGUCUCUGCGUGGGGAGGAUACGUCUUCAUUACGAACUUGCUGCCCCUGCACGCAUUCGUUCUGAUCUGCAUGGGGCGUUACAGCCCCAGGCUUUACGUCAGCUACACUUCGUGGUAUGCGCUCGGCACUCUUGCGAGUAUGCAGAUUCCGUUUGUCGGUUUCUUGCCUAUCCGCAGUUCUGAGCACAUGUCCGCGCUUGGUGUCUUUGGUCUCAUCCAGCUCGUUGCUUUCGUCGACUGGGUCCGCGCUCAGCUUCCCAGCAAGCAGUUUCAAACUCUGCUCCGCGCUCUCGUCCUCGUCGUCUUCGUCGUUGCGUUCGGUGGGCUUGUCCUUCUUACUGUUACUGGAGUUAUCGCACCCUGGACUGGCCGUUUCUACUCGCUCUGGGAUACUGGAUACGCGAAGAUUCAUAUACCCAUCAUCGCCUCUGUCUCAGAACACCAACCUACCGCAUGGCCCGCUUUCUUCUUCGACUUGAGCAUGAUGAUCUGGCUCUUCCCCGCCGGUGUCUACAUGUGCUUCACUAAGCUCACCGACGAGCAGGUGUUCAUUGUCAUCUACGCUGUACUUGCCAGUUACUUCGCUGGUGUCAUGGUCCGUCUCAUGCUCACCUUGACCCCCAUCGUCUGCGUAGCAUCGGCCAUUGCUUUCUCGCAGAUCCUGGACACCUACCUCGAUGCGAAGACCCCGGUCAAGACCGAGCCCGCAGAGGGCGAUGCUGCUGAUGCUGCUUCGAUUGCUGCCGCUGCAGUUCUGCCCGAUGGCCUUCGCUCAACUCGCAAGCCCCUCGUUGGUAUCCACUCAUAUGCCUCCAAGCUUACAGUUGUCGGUGCUUCCGCUGUCUACCUUAUGCUCUUUGUGCUCCACUGCACCUGGGUUACAUCUAACGCCUACUCUUCGCCUUCUGUUGUGCUCGCGUCCAAGCUUCCUGACGGCAGCCAGCAUAUUAUCGACGACUACCGUGAGGCGUACUACUGGCUUAGGCAGAACACUGCUCAAGACGCCAAGAUCAUGUCAUGGUGGGACUACGGCUACCAGAUUGGUGGUAUGGCUGACCGCCCGACCCUUGUCGACAACAACACCUGGAACAACACCCACAUUGCCACUGUUGGUAAGGCUAUGAGCUCCAAGGAAGAGGUCUCCUACCCGAUCAUGCGCCAGCACGAGGUUGACUACGUGCUUGUUGUCUUUGGUGGUCUUCUCGGCUACUCCGGUGACGACAUCAACAAGUUCCUCUGGAUGGUUCGUAUCGCCGAAGGUAUCUGGCCUGAUGAGGUAAAGGAGCGCAACUUCUUCACUUCCCGAGGCGAGUACCGUGUGGACGAGGAGGCUACACCAACCAUGAAGAACAGCUUGAUGUACAAGAUGUCCUACUACAACUACAACUCCCUCUUCCCCGCCGGACAGGCCCAGGACCGUGUUCGUGGCGCUAAGCUGCCCGCUGAGGGUCCUAAGCUCAGCACCAUUGAGGAGGCAUUCACCAGUGAGAACUGGAUCAUUAGGAUCUACAAGGUCAAGGAUCUUGACAACUUUGGCCGUGACCACGGGAGCGCCAUCGCUUUUGACCAGGGCCACAAGAAGAAGAGGGCCGCGAAGAGGAAGGGCGCGAGAGUGUUGAGGGUGGACUAA